AUGACCAAGUGUGCAAGCUUCCCAGCUGCUCGCUUUGGAGCGCGAUGGCUUGCCAGCGAGGCUGCUCCGUCGCUGUCGUCGUCUCCGAUUGUGCGGACGCCCAAGGAGAUCGCUCUUCGGGUUGCCUGCACCCAGCUGCUGCUCACUCGCUGGGGCAUCGAGGCCGUUGUCCAGAGCAACAGCGAAAAGGACGCCCAGGAACCCAGAAUCCACGAGAGCUUUGCCGCUCUCAAACGCUCGAUCCAGGAGGCCGGCAUGGAGCCGUGGAUGACUGCCAGGGAAAAGUCGCUCAUGGAGAAGGAUCUGGGCAAAUGGUCGCUGGAAGCCGAUCUCGCGCCGCUGGUUCCGAGAUGGGAGUCGUUUGGCACGCUGCUCUGGAGCCUCAAGAUUGCUGACCGGAUCCCGGCCUACUAUCAACCGUUCCCUCGCGAGCACCUCUUCCAGUCGACGGCGAUUAUCCCGGCCUUCCCGCAGACGAUCGACCAGUUUGUCCAGUACUUUGAGAGCGGUGAGGGCUCCAGGCCCUCUCAUCAGGUCGACCCGGAGGCGUUCGCUCGGGAAGUCAACAUGGCCGAGGCCUGGUUCUGGAGAAGCCGAGUGCAGGUCGUCCUCGACCUCAAGCGCCAGCUGGAUACAUCGCUCAUCGAGCAGGAUACGACCCUAGAUGCUGCCACCAAGCAGGAGCGGCUGCAGGCCGUUGAGCAGGCCCGCAGAAAAAUCCCCAGCAGCCUCCGAACCAUCAUGGACAACAUCGAAACUGCCCUCGAGCAGGCCACGGCCCGGGCUCUUGAAGACGGAUACAUCUCCGAGGCCAUCAAAGACGACUUUGCUGUCCAGGGCCGCAAGUACACCGACCUCUCUGACCACGACUUCCGGGAUCUUGCCGAGUUUGCUGAGUUCCGGCUCGCGACCCUGGCCUGGCUGCACGGCUCUCAGAAGGACUGGGAGUUUGAGCGCGGAAGCGUCAAGUUCAUCAGCGAGGUGGGAUCGCUGUGGGCACCCAAGGCCUAG